AUGGCUAUCAAAUUAAGAUCACGAGAUACAAAUCAAACAUUGUUUGAACAGAUUGAAGAAGAAUUGGCAGAAUCUAAUGUAUAUUAUAUGUUAUUAUCGAUAGUGAUCGCCAUGGCGUGGACGAUAUACCUCACUUACUAUCACUCUAGGGUCAUGGGGGUCAUUAUUGGGGUCAUCCUCAACAGAUUCUAUCCCUAUUAUGGUCAUAUUAAAUUUGGCUCUUUCUCGUUCUCUGUAUUAUCUGGUAAAAUUAUGUUCCGUGAUUUUCACAUUAUAACAGAAGAUUAUUCAUUACGUAUGCAGUUUGGUUGGAUUAUAUUUCGCUGGUGGAGGCCAUAUGUAUAUAAAGCUAUUAAUGAAGAUAUGUCCCAUUCUGAAACAAGAGUGUCGUUAUUUGUGGAUGGUUUAGAAUUCCACGUUUACAACCGCUCUAAAUAUUAUGCCAGAUUAGAGAAAUUAUUCGGGUUUAAAACCAAGUUACAAGUACCAAAAGAAGCAAUACAUUGGAGAGAUCUUAUUCCUGUUAUUAAAGUUGAUAUUAACUCUGUUCGUUUUAUAUUUGGUAAUUUUAUGUUACCCUACACCCUAUUGGCUAGUUUUGAAGAAGCUCAUCUGGUAUAUACCACGAAGCCUGCAUCAACACCGUUUGAUAUGUUUAUGCACGUUGUAAAAUGUAAAUCAGAGAAUAUGAGAGUUAUGAUGGUGCCUAGCCCUCAAUAUAAUAAAGGACCUGUAGUAGAUGUUCCCCCACGUAAUAUGGGUGAAGGGUUUGUUAUAAUGCAGUCUAAUGAUGUUGAUAUUUAUUACUAUAUGGACGAACCAGGUCUGGUACCCCAUGAACCGGAGCUGGUAGAAAUGGCAGACGGGGAAGUUAUAGUCAGGAGAACCUACCCUUGUCUCGGGGUAGAUAUUAAAUGUGGUAAAAAAACAGAUUUUAAUUAUGGUCCUUGGGUUGAUAGACAACGAGAACAGUUAUGGAAGUUUUUCUACCCUCCUGAUUAUCAACCGCUAGUGGUUACCAAGGAACCUGAGCCAGGUCAGCGUAGAAUUUAUAAAUCGUUUGAAACUAAGAUUAAUUGUACAGAGUCAGCCACAUUCGAUGUUUUGUUCACCAAAAACUCAGAAACACAAGCUAUUCAUAUGAAUGCCAGUCAAGGUUCGUAUAUCGAAGCUGUCAUACCUUGGAUCACGGAGAAAGAUGGAUUUAAAACUAAGGUCAAAGGUCAACUGAUGUUGUUAGACGCAUCUACUAGUAUGGUAUUCCGUAAUUUAGCCGAGUUAGAAACUUUAGAGUUUGACGUAACAUUACAUUAUCCACUGGGAUGGAAUGAACAUCAAGACUGGCAUUGUGAUUUGACGGCAUGUAAAGCCUCAGUCACGGCCAUCUUUGAACAUAUGGACUUCUUUAAAGAUUUGGUAAAUGAUUGGUCCAGCAAGGCUCGACCAGAUAUUUAUAAUUUUAUACCAUAUACCUGGAGUUUAAAUCUAAUAAUUAAAGAAUUUGAACUAAUUGCCAUGACGAACGAGUAUAAUUGGGUUGACACCUCCUCACAGACGCCAGAAAAUGCUCGGAUUGCGUUUUGUGGUGAAUAUUUCGAUCUCUCUCUACAAUUACCUUUUGUUGAUUUUCUACCAAAAACUUGUCCUAUACCAAUAGUCAUUAAGGGUGAAACUGUUUAUUGUCGACUGUAUCUACCAGAAACGUACACCAGUAGACAUAUUAUCAUAGCGUUGUCAGAGAACAUGAAAAUAGUAGAUCGAGAUGGGAUAGAGGUUGAUAAACCAUUUACUAAAAAUAAACAAUGGAGAAAUAUCACAGAAAAGAGCUUUGGCUGGGUGGACUGCUGGUGGACGUCUAACGUCUCUCUGUCUAUAAACUAUACCUUUCAUCCCAUGCCAGAGUUACAGCCCUUGUCAAAAUCUUACAACGAUCUGGAGGACUUGACGACACCUGAGAAAGAAGAAACAUUGCUUCAACCAUUGCGACCAACAGUAUCUGAUUCAAAUAAAGUUCCACUACAGCCUGAAGAUUUUGAUGCCUCGAAAUGGGACCCGGAUAUCGUUAACAUCGAGCUAGAAGUAGCGCCCUCUGUGAUAUGUCUUUACGGUGCCCUACUUGUUAACUUGUACAAUAUUAAGGAAAAUUAUGUUGGUGAGGAUCAGAAAAUCCAUGAUUUUUCCGACAGCUCAAAUGAUAAUACAGACAUUGAUACUGGACACGUCCAUAAUACAGAGAUACAUGAUGAGGGUCAGCCUGCUCAGUUUGACCCCCGGGAGUAUCGCCCCUUUGCAGUCACUGUAUCUGUCACUUUACACGAUAUACAGGCCCAGCUAAUCAAGAAUUGCAACCCAGAUGAUGUAGCCUGCCCCAGCUUACAUGUAGAAAGAUUGUGUUUUGAAAUGGACAAAUCGUACGAAGAAACAAAACUACAACUGUUACUAUCACCGUGUGUUUUAAUCGCGAGGGACAGUGUGUCACGAGAAUUGGAACAGGAACAUUUAAAGGAAGGUCAUUUGGCGCUAUCUGGUCUGCAAGUUCGUGGACACGCCAUGUUUUCUGACAAAGGCCUGCCAUUGGAUAGUGAGACAUUGGAAUACGCCUGGUUGGUGGAGGCUAUCAUAGGGGAAGUAACUGGAAAACUGACUUCGCCACAAAUUCAGAAUAUAGCAGAGUUUAUCCAGACAUUUAUAAUGCUGGUAGAUGAUCCAGAGAAUAGACUCCAGCGACCAGUACCCUAUAAGCUAUGUCAGCACAUGUUACCGCAACCCCAGUGUCGUAUGCUACCAAAAUGUCCAUUCCCCUGCCCCUCAGCAGAAGACAUCAAAUACAGAAUGGUUCGAGUAUCAGUUGAUAAUGUUAAUUUAUUUAUGGUGGAGUCCGGGGCGGCUUUUAAUUUAAAGGUUAACCCUGUUCGCUUAUCAACUUGCAAUCUACACGGACCUGAAACUCGAGCUGGUAUAACGGCCAUCUUGGAACACAUAUCUUUCAGGCAGUUGAUAUCGUGUGUUCCCUUACGAAUCGAACGAGCCAGCCCUGAAGAAUGGUUGGAUGCUGGAAGCUUUUCACUCGGACCUAUACAUAUAGAAGCUGCGAUGGCUAUACCUUCUCCAGAGAUCCAAGUUGUACAGGAUGAUUUUCUUAAAGUUCACGAUCGGAAAACUAAGCGAUUAUGGUUUAUGUGGCCACUAGAAGCCAUGGGUCCUGGCAACCAUCCUCAUACAUUGGGUAAAUGUGGUUGUCAAGGAGGUUGCAGAUUUUUUGGAAACAAUAAAAAUGGUGUUGCCUUUUUUAGGCCGAGACGUCAUAAAGAUAAUUCAAAUGCAGCUGCCAUUCCACAAAUCUGUGCAGACGGCCACGAUCCUGGUUUCGCUCAGAGUUUGCUUCACAAAGACAAAUUAGUCUUUGAUGUCAGCCAGUACAUGGAGAAAGAUUCUCCGGAAAAGAAAUCCCCUGAGUUCUCCUUCACCCGAGGCUACAUGAGUGACAUCGCCAGUCCUGAGACUCCUGGAGAUAGGACCAAACUGUUUGAAUCAAGUCUUGUUGGAAGCGUCAGUGAGCAGGACACUUCCUCCAAAAGACAGAGUGGAGAGGUCAGUUUCUCUAGUGAUUCCAAAACCCAGCUUUAUGAUCCAAACGAACGAUCAGACAGGCAGUCUCGUAAAUCUGUAACAACGUGUGGUACUCCUACAGAGUUAGGGUCGUUGAGUUCUUCCGGUAAACACAGUCCAGGACGGAAAUCUUCUCUGAAACAGAUGUUAUCUACUAGCAGUCCUUCAUCUCCUGUCACAUGCUCCAGACAGAGCAGUCGAAGCUCUACCUCCACCAAAUCCCCAUCAAGGACCUCCCUACCCAGCCCUGUAUCUGGUGAGGGCUUUUCCAGGAUGAUGUCUCAAGUUUCUUUGGAAAGUCAACAGUACUAUUCUGCCGAGGAAGACUUAACCAGCUCGGAAUCUGGUUCCGUCAUACAACUUCCUGUAUUUGACGAAUCUCCUGAAGGGUUCGGUGAAUACAUGCAAAGUUCACCUCCAUCACGAGACCAAAAAUUUUCAACAAGUUCACCAGUUUCGCAAAGUUCACCGAUAUCUGACAAAGGAGACAGCAUGGCUACCACAGUAUUAGAACAAACCAUGAAAUUCCAAAAAUCUGAGUCUACAUCUUCCAGUUCCUCUACGUUGUCCUACGAAUCAGCAGAUAGCGUGAACUCCACGGAGGUUCAUGAGGAAUUCUCGCUCGUUGACUUACAUCAUCAACUUAAUCAACCAAUCACAAGCUCCCCGUUACUUUUAUCGUGUUACUCGAACCACCUCUCACAUUAUCAUUGUAAUGAUUGGGUGGGGGCGCCACCAUCUGCCAACUUGUCGACUUCUGGCACCCGAGGAAUGAAGUCUGUUUACUCGGAAUACUCUCUGUCCUCAGCCAGUCACUCUGUGUACAGUUCUGGAUCAGCAUGGCUACCACAUUUCACCAAGGUUAAAGAUGGUUUCAGUACGUCAGUGAUGAGAGAGAAAGAUGAGCUGAAGCUUCCAUCACCUCCAGCUGCAGUUCAUAAAGAAAAGACCAAGUUCUUCUUCCCUGGUCGAUGUCACUCCGAAGAGAAAGGUGAAGAAGAAGAAUUAGAUGAUGAGCUAUCCCAGAAUACAUCAAAAACAACAGCAGUCAUCAAAGUGACUGGUUCACUGGAUAUCCUACUCACUCCAUUGCUACUUGAAUCCAUGCAGAGGUAUAUAGAAACCGUGACGCCAACCCUCGGCAAGUUACAUAUCUCAGCAUUGUUAGACCGAAUUCACUAUCAGAGUAUAGAUCGUUUAAAACAACAGAAUAAAUUAAAAGAUGAAACAGCUAUGACUGAAGACAACACAGUGAAAUUUAAAGAUGAAAAGGAGAAAGAGAUUGAUAUUUCAAAAACUUCAUCAUUUAGAGCUUUCUUUUCUCUACCAAAGAUCAAUAUAUGUGUAUUACAAGCGUCCAUUGUUGAAGAAAUCAUCUCAUUUUCCGUGCUAGACAAUAUUAGCGAUGUCACUGCUGUCUCGUUACUGGCAGUCUGCGUUGACAAUAUAAAAUGUCAGCUACUUUCUAACACUCAUUCCUGUAAAUUAUUGACGGACGUGAAAGAUGCUAGUCGACGGACCAGCACCCAACCACCGACCAACAAAUCAAAAACUGAAACCACCAUCGAAAUUGAUAAAGAUCAAGUCAUUCCAAGGGAAGUAACUCGUGAAGAAAAUGUUGGAACUCUUCAAAUUGCGAGAAUUCAUAUGCAGUUACGUCGCUUAGUGAAAGACAGUAAUUUUUCCGAUAAUAUCGUUUUGACGGCUAUUCCAGAUUACAGAUCGAAUGUUAUAUUUUCAUUCAAUCCAGAAGUCAUUGUAACUAGCCCAAAUCUGAUGCCCACAUCACCAAAGAGACGUCUGUCACGUCAAGCGAGUCGUGAAUCGAACGAUCCAGAUUUCGUGAUUGGAUUUAUCAUGUUUGAAUGUGGAUUAGAGGACGUGUCUGUGACUGCUGUACGUCGUCUUGGUUACGAGGAUGAUUCUGACAUGCAGUUUCAACAGAGAAUGGACAACAUCGAACAAACUCUUCAGAAUCUUCAAGAACGAACGAAAGAACAGAUCGAACAGCAUACGGAAACUAGCACACCAACGACGGACGAUCCGGUGCCUCAGAGUUCCGAAUCCUUACAUCAUAGUUCUGUAUCCAUCUCUUCUGUGGAAUCCAGGAUCUCAUUGGCAUCUAAAGGUUCUGAAGAUAUGAUACCAGUGAAGAUCGAGCCAUUAAAGGGGGAUGCAUCCAAUGGCAGAUUGGAACUGAAGACUAUUUGGUUGAAUUUUGCAGCUCCGCCUCCGAUUUCAAUCAAGAAGAAGGUGGAUUUUACCAGGUUGGAUUGGAACCUAUUGAGUACAGCCACUCCCUCCAUCAAUGCCUGGAUGAACCCCAGUGAUAGAGCUAUGUUAGCUGUUAGAAGUUUGGUCCGUGUUUUAACUCAUAGAACUAGUUCAGUACUGGCCUGUAUCAUGACUGAAGCUUUAGAAGUACAGGGUAUUCAUGUUAGUCCAAAGACUCGUUUUGGUAAAGCCACGAAAAUGUCUAAAACUCUCCAAGAAGAACCUUCCUGUCAGUUAAUCACUGUACUUCGGAAAUACCUCCAUAAAUAUGGCGCCUCUUCCGUGGAACAGGCUGUCUGCUCUGAGACCAUUCCAAACCUAAUUACCAUGCAGAAGGGAAUCCUGGCGCUCACAAGACAAUGGAAAAAUGUUCUCUACAUGCCGUAUUUAUCAGAAAUGAACUUUAAGAACAAGAAAAAUGUCCGACCAUACAAUGUGACGUUUGCUUUGCCAGGAGAUGCCGAGGGUUCAGAACUGGGAUUUGAAGAUGGUGAAGGGUUAAUGGAUCAAUUUGAUGUGGUGGAUGAAAAAACUUCUCUGCUUCAAGCCGAAGGUGGUCUAAAAUUUGGAUCUAAUCCAAGUCUAGGACGUCACACGGAUGAUGGUGCAAGUUCAGCUUCAACUGUGUCAACCAAACGGAAGAAAUCAGGACCCAUUCUGAUUAGACGAGGAGUUAAGCCAGGUCUUCCUCAUAUUCUGAGUUGUGUGCAUCCUACAGAGACGAAAACCAAUAUUCACGAAUUGAAGGACCAUAAUGUUAACGCACCAGAACCGAAAGUCCACAUUUCUGCUCCCGAGCCCAAAGCUCAUGUUUCCACUGGUCUUCCUGCUAUAGCCAGAAACGACAGUAUGCAUAGCUUCAUGUCAGCAGGAGAGAGUCUGUGUAGCUCGGAAACAGGCUUGGUGCGUACCCCUCCUCCAACGCCAAUGAGGCAAACUGGACCCAAACAAUCCAUUUUAAAGAACCGGUACAACAAGGAAGAAGAUCUGUAUCAGUGGAUGGCCAAACAACAAGGGCGCUUAGAUAUGGAUGAGGAUGUUAGUUAUGGCAAAGCUCAUGAGUCUUGGUUGCUAGGCAGUUCAUGGAGCCAGGAUGAAAGUCGCACGGACAUCAAUGAAGAUAAUGUUACCAUGGCAACAUCAAUCAUGCAGCUAGCAGACGCUCAGAUGUUGUUUAAACCUUUGCUUCAGAGUCUUGGUCUUCAUGUUGAAGGUGUUCGUCCAUCAGCCAUGAUGAAAAAGUUUGGAGGACAUCUGUUGCUUCAAGGUCACUUGGACGUUCUGAAGGUACAAAUUGCUGAUUCUGAAGAUUCCAAAUCCAGAGGAAAAUCGAAAGGAAAAGGCAAGGGGAAGAGAUAUCGACUUAAUAUUAGUGCUGCCACUCCUGCAUUCCAAUGUGAAAGCUUUGGGAUUAAUAUCUGCAUGAAAGAUGUCAUUGAUUUCGGUGCUGAAAAAUCAGCGCUUCCUGAAAAGAGCAAACAGAAUCCAUUCAAGUUUGCAAUGCAUAAACUUGAGGCGAAGCCAACCACGUUACAAGUUAACUUUUUGAUAAACUGUCAUUCAAUUACCCAGCAUGUAGACAUGUCGUUGCUACGACUGGUUCAUCAAUUUGCAACAAUGGUGGACAACAUCAAGGAGACUCAUGUGGAGUUGAAAGAACGAAGACCCAGUUUACUCGGAGAAUGGACCAGAUCUCAUCGAAAACAAGAAUCCAAAGAUUCUUCUUCGAGUGCAGACACUCAGCAAUCCGAUUUGUCGAAACAGGACCACCAAGCUGACUUGACUAUCUCUACUCCAACUCAUAGCCUUCGCUCCGACACUCUCUCAGACACAGGGGAGAAAACUCCUUCACGACCUAAACAUCCAUCAUUUAAACUACCUUUGAUUGAUAGUAUUCGACCGGAACGAUUGUCCUUAUCGUCAAUUAGAAAACCUCAUCUCCGAUUUUCUCGCGAUAAUAAAAAGAAGGCGUCGACUCCUGGAAAUCAACCAGAAAUCUUGACUCCGCCUCAAUCAUUAAAUCUAAGUGAUACAGUUACCAUAGAUAUGGUGGAUACAUCUUCGCCAGCGCUGGCCGAGAAAACGAUCGUAGACGAAAUUAAAGAAAGCACUCCACGAUGUUGGCGCCACCUAUAUCAUUUAUUGGAACUUUAUUCCACCAUGCCAGAAACUAAGACGGUGCUACGGAAACCAGGAUACCAGAAAUUAUUGCCUGUUAUUGAAGAAGAGUCAGAUAAAGACAACAUGUCCAAGAGAGAUAUCACACCAGUAGAAGAAGAUGAGGUGGAAGGGAAAAAUAAGAUAGAUUUAGCUGCUAGUGAAGAGAGUCGACUAGGUGAUCAUCCACCUCUAGCACAUACCUCUUUUAUUAGAACACGAUUUAAACAGAGUAUCUACAUAGGAGAGAGCAUACCUCUAGUAGUUUAUGGUAUAGCCAAGGUAGAACGAGUCCAAAUGUUGGCAGUUCUCAGUGGACUCAAGCUAGAAGCUGAAUUAAGGAAAGUUCAUGCCAGUGGAACUUAUAAAGAGAAAGUUAAAGGUUUUCUACAUCGUAAAUCUGCUGAGUCAUCAUUCACAGCCCAUGUUGGUAAUACCAUGAUAGUUUUACUGGAGGGCGUACCUCCCAGCAUGCAGACUGUGGUAACAGUGAAUAUUGGUAAAUCUCAGGCGUUACAUACUACUAUAAUGAGACGAGGCAAGGAACAUAACUCUGCGUUAGCCAGUGUCGGCGUUAUUGACGUAGAUAUCCCACAACACCCUGUGGUUUUACACGGAAUGAUGACACGAAGUUCAAAGAAGUUGACGUCAACUUUGUUAGAGUUUAGACGUCCUCUAUCUAGAUAUGGUAAAGUACAUGACAUCAUGGAGCAGAUCAGUGGUGAGAAACUUGAAGCUGAGAAAAGACGAGACAGUGAAAAAAUCAAUAAAAAUAAAAAGGCGGAGGAUGUGAAACCAGUGACAUUGCAUAUACAUUUUAAGGCUGUAUUACAGGGUGUUACGAUUGGAGCCUCCAUUCUACCUUCUCUUAAAGCUCAACAUAAGACAGGAUGUAUAACUGUAGCUGGUAUGACAGGGAAGAAAGCAAGAUUUACUGUUGUUUUACCUAAACAUACUCUUAGUUUUAAAUCCAAGGUUCAGACGACAGAAACUUCAAUACCGUCGUCUGCUAGUAUUGAGAUGCCCCCUAUACAUGUCUAUGCGGACUAUCGGACGUAUAAAUCAGGUGGACCUGUAUCAGACACACUGACAGAAGGACUGAUGUUAAAGGAAGGAAGUUAUUUAAAUGCUGUAGCAGAAGUGGGAAUGUUGGAACACAGUCUGACUACAGAUCUACUCAAUCAUCUUGUGUUUGUACAGAAAGUCUUUAUGAAGGAAGUGAAUGAAGUAUUACAGAAGGUCUCUGGGUCUGAUCAACCAGUACAUCUAUGGGCUGACGACCAGUCUACUACUACCACACCAACCAGAAAAUCUCUACUCUACUCAUUCUCCUUUAGAUUUAAGGGUAUCCAGGUAACAGCUACGACACCAACUUCCAACGCUGUUAGGUUAGAAACUGGUGAAAUUGAGUUAGAGAUGUCCAACAGAGUUCAGAUGGCAUCCAGAGAACUCAAUCCUGAUAUCCAUUAUGAAGACAAUCAGAAAGUGUUUAUUCGAGCCCAGAUCGAUUUAAACGUUUCACUUGGACAGUUAUUAAAGAAUCCUGUUUUUGAAGAAGCAGAACCAGAAUUCCAGACAAUGGCUUUCUUUAAAACUAAAAUAGGAGUUAGAAACGCUCUGCAGGAUGAGAUGAUACCAGAGGUAGCCACUGAUCAAGAGGCUUUGUUAAUCAGCGUUACUCGACCCAUAGUUCUAGCUCAACCACUCGCUUUUGAUAAAGAAUCACUGGCUUUUGAUAAAGCUGUACUUGUCUGGCUGAAUUAUAAGAAUGCCUAUGAAUAUUGGACAGAACAGAGGAUGGCCCUAAAUAAUGAGGUAAUAACAGCAACACGUCAAGUAUUUGACAGAUUACCUCAGUUUUCACCAGCCACUACCCCGGCAUUGAGUACCCUCUUUCUCCAACUUACUGUCACUGAUAUGGGAAUCUGUGUUCCCUUAGAAUCUAACUCUUUUCCAAAAAUGUCCAAACUGGGAGAGUCUGAACCUGGCGCCGCCCUGGUGUUAACAGUAGAAUCUAGUCAGAUUUCAGCCUGUUCAUCAGGAUCUUUAGUUAGUAAAGGCAAGUUUAAAGGAUUUUGUCUGAGAUUUGCAGAUGAUUUUGAGACGUCAUGGGAUGAUUGGAAACCUAACAGUAAAGAAGAACCCAAUAUGAAUAUAAUGGUGGUGCCAGAAGGAACAUAUGAAGUCUGCUCUAGAACAGCUACGAAAAUACCUUCAGACCCUAAAGGUAAUGCUAAGUGGGUAUUGAAUGUUCAAUGGGAGAUGCAGGGUUUAGACGUCCAUUUUGAUACGAAUAUCGGGAAGCGUUUGUCAGCUCUGGGUCAUACUCUGACAGCUCUAGCAGGAGAAACAACAGAAGAUGAGUAUACUAUGGUUGAUGAUGAUGAUAAUGAUGAAGGUGAAGAUGAUGGUGAUGUUAAUAAUGAAUCUGAUGAGGAAACAGAUUCUGAGACGCCCUUAAGUUUCCGUAAAUCAAGUCUUGUAGCUGAUAUUUUACCAGAUAUUAUUUUUACACCUGAUAUGGACCCAAAAGAACGAGUCCGGCAGAUUGAACGAGAAAUGAACGAACAGGCUAAAAUUGUACAAGAUUUAAGGGAAUUAGGGGCUAGUCAAUCAACCAUUGAAGCUGAGAAGAGAAAAUUAGAGGAGUUACAAGCUUUGGUGUUCCGAGAUUUUAGGCGAGAUGUGUUCAAUAAGAUUAAAAAACAGAGUGAAAGGGCAUCAGCUAUCAAAGAUAAACUUGGAAUUGGUUCCCAUAUGAGGUCAAGGUCAUACGGAGGUCAUCACGCUAGGAGGGUAGACAGUGAUAUGACCUGUCAAUCCCAUUCUAAAACAUUAGAUUAUCGUAGUCGUGGUCGACCAGCCUCUGUGGGUGUUCCUUCAUACACUAGUCUUAGUGGCCAUGUACAGUUUGGAUCCAGUCUACCUUCUUCUAGUACUGGAGAGAGUCGCUCGAUGAGUUUUGAUUGUGAUAUGUUUGAUGAAGAUAGCGAGGAUCUGGUACCUCAGUCUAUAUCUCUACAGGACAUCAUAGGGUCUCAGUCAGAUCUCUCAUCUUCUACCGCUUCCUUCGACUCAGAGGACAGUAAACCAGAAACCACCAUUAAAACUAAAGAAAAUCGCCAGAGGAGUACAACAAUAGAAAGUGCACAAUCAGUACAGAGUGGCCAGAUUAAAACAGCCACAGAGCCAAGUAUUGAUUUCGAACUGGAUAUUAAAGUGUUUAUUGACAGUGGGAAAUGUGUUCUCUAUCCGAAAGAGGCCAAGGAAGAAGAAGUCAAAAAACAAUUAAAAAGAGAGAAAAGCGGUGGUCUCAGUGACAGUGGAUCACCUGUUGUCAGACGCAAAAUGAAACAGCAGGAUUCUGUCACCUCGGUUACUGGUAGCGGGAAAAAAACACAACAGCAGACGUCACAAACCCAGGGCGAGCAGACGGUCUUCUUUCUACCCAGUGUUGAUGUGAAGGUUCACUAUAAUUCUAAAACAAAAACAUCAACUAUGAUGUCAGGGGCCGGUAUGGGUGGCAGCACUAACGAUAUUUCACGACCCAUGGCCUCGGAGACAUUUACUUCAGUCUACGAUACGCCACCCCAGAACUACUACCAUGCCACGUCCAGCUCUACGCUACCAGAGAUACCAGUCAUAGUGGAACCCUCAAGCGAGAGUAGCUAUCAGGUCUCUCAAUCUAAACGAGGGAAUAUUAAACGGGCCAACUUGUAUGCUUGGUUGUCACUGAACACAUUACCAGAGGAGAUGAUCAUUAGUCCAUGUUUAUUAGAUUUCCUGGAACAAGCUCUAGAACCAAUUCCUAUAGCAGGUCCUACCCCUCAUAAAAAAGUUGAUGCUAUGGGUGGAGUAUUGAAUAUGGAACUGGAUGCUUCCCAUGGUUCCCUGACAUCUCCUGUUGGUCUGGCAUCGUUCCCGAAAUCAGAUGUCGAGGCUCAGUUAGGGGAGGGAACUCCUCCUUCCAGAGCUAAAGUACCAAAGAGACCGUCAGAGAAAGGAAUAAACAGUGGAAAUAUCGGUGGACAUCGAAACCGUCUGGGUAGCACCCUGUCAGACAACAGUUUGAGUACCCAGUCUGGGGGUCUCAGUGUUACUGGGGUCCUCUCAAACUUUUCACUGUACAUCUUUCAUCCCUAUGGAAUCGGUGGUCAGCGCCGAACUGGGCAGACUGCUACUACCUCUCCUAGUUAUACUCCUAGAGGUUUAGGAUCUAUACAGGAGACCAGUGGAAGUAGCAGUUUGUUGGAACUACAGAGAAAAGACUCCCUCAGUCUGAACGUAGAGUUUAUUAAAGUCAAUAUUUCACGCAGUAGAAAGAUGGAUUAUAGAUCAGGAGAUAAUAUCACAGUCACAUCAAAAACACCUGAUCCCCAACAGAAAUGUAACAUGGUUCGAUUCUCAGCUGUAUGUGAUAUCGGAGCUGCCUCGUUUAAAUACGACAUGAGACGAUUAUCGGAAAUCCUGUCACUUCCAAAAGCUUGGUAUCGACGUAAUCUGGCUCGUCGAUUAUUUCUGGGAGAUGAUAGUUUUGGACAAACACCAGGAGAUGACCCUGACGAUCCAGACUUCUGGCUAGCAGAAAGGGAGACAACUAGACUCCCGUUUUUAUCACAAACGUCUAUUUCUGAUCCAGCAUUAUUUUAUACAGACGAACAAACGAACUAUCAGCAACAUCGACGCGUUUCCUCGUCUGGAGACAAGGUCAAAGUUCAUUUGACGCCAGAUUUUCAGAAAGAACUCGAUAAAGACAAAAAGAAAGUCGGAGUGAAUCAGUACCAACGUCAACCAUCAGAAGUAACAUCAGAAACAUCAUAUCAAUCACCAUCAACCAGUCGUUCAUCUACCAAGACUAGAUCAAAAGGUUAUUUUUCUCCAGACCUGUCAUCUCGACAACGCCACGUGUCGGGACAGACCAGCGUGACAAGUUCGUGGGAGACCCUGGUUUUAUUUGCCGUGAAUUUAUCACGGUUGGAUUUAGAUGUGAACAUGAGUAAUGUCAUGGGAAACACGAUGUGGAUCACCAAGGAUGUAAAAAGUCACGGGAGACUGUCAAUAGAUAGCAGUGGACAUAAGAAUUUAAAGAUAACAGCAGGAUUAGGAAGUUCUUCGUUUGAAUCUCGAGGUGGUGUUAUAGGAGGGGCUAUAGAUGUUCAGGGUAUACAGGGAUUGUUCCAAGUUAAAGAAGACCCUGAUUUAGGAUAUGAUCCUGAUCAUCGUGCUGGUUUAAAUAUAGAUAUAUUAGAAGGUCGUGUAGAUUAUAUGGGAAGUAGUGUAUUAAUGACACGUUUAAAUAUGUUAGACAUCUUACUACAUGAUGAAUGGCAUGUAGAACUCUACAGAGAAACUGAUACACCAGUAGCAACCAAUAGAUCAGCAUAUUUGUUUGUAAACGGUGAUCUCCAGUGGGACCAAUUUCACCUCAUGAUUUCUCGUUCCACGACUCCUGAUUUGAUAAAACUGGUUUCCAAAUUAGAAGAGUUCUUCACCCAGCAGCUGACGAGCAGUAAAAGAGUGUUGUCAGCAUUUGGGCCGUUAUCGAGUAAACCUACACACCGACAAAGUAAACUAGCAGACGACGUAUUAUCAGAACUGCGACAUCAUCGCCAUUGGCAGAGCGCGCUGCAACAUCUAGUGGGGUGCCGAUUUUCCAUGUUACCCCAGAUACUUCCUGAACAGGGCAUGGUGCUCGGUGGAUCUGUAUCUUUAAAGGGAGAGAACUUAUGUUUAGCAUCAUUCCACGGAAUAAAUUUCCGUUCCAAAUCGUGGGCUAUUUUUAAUAUUAAGCAGCCAUGUAUUGGGUUUUCCACGGAGGCUCAGAAAACAGAAGAUGAAUGUACCCAUAUUGUUCAAGAUUUAAGUUUUAUAGUCGGAGGAGUAACACCGAAUCCUGGAACAGCCAGUGGAAGUAACGCUGUAGAUCAACAUAUGGUCACGAUAUGUAAACUGUCACGUGGUCAUUAUGUACCACAACAGUUUACCAGUGUGCAGGAAUGGUUUACUUACGCCUUCGCUUCCAAUGAAGUUAAAGAUCUAGACUCAUUCCCCACAAUAAUAAAAGAUCGUACUGGUACUGAUAGUCCGACAGAACAUCGUAAAUCACGAAAAUCACAAGUCUAUAAUCAUGAGACAGAAAUUAUCUUCGCUAUGCCUUCAAUGACCUUAAAUCUAAAAACUUCACAUCUUCAAAGUAAAGGUGAACCUCAACUUGACGAUCCUCAAGCUAUGGUAGAAUGUACAUUCGUAACAGAAUUCCACGACCAUAUUUAUGUUGCCAUGGACGCAGAAGUCAUCUUGUUCCUCCAUGAUUUGGUAUCAUCUUAUAUUAAAGAAAAAGAUAAAGGGGCUCGGACAUCUUACGGACAUACUUCUCGUAGUCCAAAAUCACCAGAGUUUGAUAAAAAGAAGAUUCCGGCAGAUCCCACGGCAGCGUUGAAACAAGAUUGGAGAGAUUUUAAAUGUAAAACAUGGCAACUCGAACCAACAGUCAGAUUACUUCACUGGGCUUCAAGACAGAUAGAUCCUGUUGGAGUUGACUACGUGUUACAGAAAUUAGGGUUCACACACGCUAGGGUCACUAUACCUAAGUGGGUCCAGCGUGGCUUCAUGGAUCCAAUAGAUAAAGUAUUAUCGAUACUGGUAGAUAAAUUGAUUGUGUCUUUACAAGAUUCCCCUGUUGAAGAGGAUCAGUCAUAA